CCCUGUUAAGCGGAAUUCGCAAAGGUGGCAACUUUGCGAGGAAUAAAAUAAAGUUGAAAUUUAUUUUAUAAAUUAUAAGUUUAAGCACAAACGAUGGCUGCCACCCCAAGCGCCCCGGGCAAGGCCGAGAUGAUCGACCUGACCAAGUUGAGUCCGGAACAGCUGCUGCAGAUCAAGCAGGAGUUCGAGCAGGAGAUGACCAACAUACAGGACUCGCUGUCGACGCUGCACGGCUGUAAGGCCAAGUACGCUGGCUCCAAGGAGGCCCUGGAGACCUUCAAUUCCGAUUGGGAGAACCGCGAGAUCCUGGUGCCGCUGACCAGCAGCAUGUACGUGCCAGGACGCGUCAAGGAUCUCAACAACUUUGUCAUCGACAUCGGCACCGGCUACUACAUCGAAAAGGAUCUGGAUGGCUCCAAGGACUACUUCAAGCGGCGCGUAGAGUACGUGCAGGAGCAGAUCGAGAAAAUCGAGAAGAUCCACUUGCAGAAGACGCGCUUCCUCAACUCUGUGAUCGGCGUGCUGGAGCUGAAGCAGGCGGCCGCCGCCAAAAUGCUGCAGGCCCAGCAGCAAUCGGCGGCCCCCCAGACCUCCUAAGACCACGCAGAACAGACACAGAAAGCAUUAAAUUAUUAAACUUAUAAACGAGAUGUGUGCAUUUAAUUAACAUAGUUUAUUAAAUUGUUCGGCUACUUUUUGGCUUCCUCCAGGGCCACAGUGAGAA